UCGGGAUAUGUGGGUACGGGUGUGCUUAGGGGGGUUCCCAAGGGGUCUCGGGAUUGAAUAUUAAUGCAGUGGUCUUACCCUUUUCCACUUCGCGCUAUUUCCGCGGUCGAUCUCCCUCGCUCUCUCGUAGCGGCACUCGAAGGCAACGAUCGGCCUGCUGGCUGGUUGUUUAUCGCGUCUGUUUGUGGCCGAGUGUGUAAAGUGUCCACCAAGUCCAGCAAGUUAUACGAUCCCCGACGCUGCUAGUCUAACAGUACCCGCUACGUGCUGGUGGUUUCAGAAUAAGUGAAAGAAGUUACGACUUGGUCGUUCGUAGACCGUAGUGCAGUGUUCAGAAAAAAUUGGUUCUGGCUGAUGUGUGUGAUAGUGAUUAUAUAGCUCUUCGACAUUCUUUCUUUCGAUUCCGGUUCGUCUUUCAGUGGCCAGUGUGGAUGAUGGCAAUCACUAAUAUGCAAAAUUACGAAGCAUCGUAAAAAAACAACAGCAACAGUCAAACAGUAAAUAACUAUAACCGCACCGUUGAGAGGUGGUGCUUUUCUUUCUUCGCACUCUCACUUUGAUGAUAGAGCUGAGCUCUUGGCGCGGUACGAAACAGAGUGCACUAAUAAUAUCGUUAGGGUCGGUAAAUUUGAAAGAUUUCAAGAGUUUGCUUAUGUCUGAUGAACUCGCGAUGAACCAGUCAUUUUUUUUUCGUCCAAAUCCACAAUGGCCAUGGCUGUAAAUGGCAAACCAGAGCAGCGGACACGGAUUCAUAAUUAGGGAUUUACUUGGUUAACUACAGGCGAUCGAGAAAAAAACAGAAGCUUUUCCUUCAAAGGAGUGGAUCAUCAUCUGCGGAAGCAAUAAGCGCAAGUUGCAGUUUCACCUUCCAUCGUCCACCGGUUGCCAGCCGUCAGCGAUCUACAUAUAUGCCUAUAAAUGUGAAUUUCGAAGGAAAUUGAAUGGCGAAACAUUUAAAUUAAUCACCACCAACCAGAAAGAGAGAAAGCUACUAAGAAAUAAAGAAACAAAAAAACCUCUCCGAUCGGGGAGGUAACAAAGAUGAAACAACGAAGAAAACAGAAGAAGUGCAUAAAUCACAUAGGGUGAAGUAACAGAGUGCACUAAUUGUUUCAAUUGAUGAAAAUCAACCAGCCAAGGCAGUGCGGGUUGCCCUACGAGAGAGAGAGCCUGUGACCGUCGCCGUCACGUCAACAACGUCCGUCGUCGUUAUCGGGUUCGAAUCCCACGCCCGGUUCUGCUUCUGCGUGUCGUAUUUCCAUGAGCCUCUGGCUAGUGUUCGCUUUAGUGUGUCCUAGUGUUAGUGCUUUUUGUGAUUUUAAUUUGUGCUUUUCCGAGUUAUGUUUGCCUUAUUUUCCAUCUGUAUCCCCAACCCAACAAUUCAAAACCAUAAUGGUCCAUUAGCUACAGCUCCGGUGAAGUGUGAAUAGCGAGUGAAUUUUAAUUUGAAGAAAUACAUAACUUUCGGAAAACUAGGUUCAAGCCGAUUGUUGCACACCAAACCAAGCGAGUAAGUCAACCCUCAACGACGACGCACAGGGUCGCAGCUCUUAGGUUCGUUUGCUGUAACAAAGUGCACUUUGGCUACCCAGGGACAGAUUUGUUGCUGGAAAACCUGCUAGAGUACUGCGCGGUGAACGCUUUUCAGGGCUAUUGAGGGAUUAGAGCAGUAACGGGGAAGCUAUGAAAAAAAUCCGACGAUGGCUGCUGGUGUUUGCGGUGAUAAUAGCUCUAAUGGUACGGGUGGAUGGCUUAAAGGCGACCUCGUUGAUUUUUGGUCGCGGACCAGCAACUUCGAGCACCUCAACCACCAGCACAACGCCGCCGGCCACUUCCACCAGCACCAGCAGCAGCACCACCACCACCACCACCGAGGAGGCAUCAGAAGAGGAAGAGUCUGACGAUCAAGGUGAAGUAGCGGCCACUAAAGCGCCACUUACCGGCAUUCCACAGGUGGACUACGUGUGGGAUCCCAACCUGCCACGAGAGCUGGGAGGGUUCAAUUUGUCCACAUAUCCGUUUUUGGAUUCGGUCCCAGUGGAAGAAGAUAUAGGAUUCACCUGUGAUCCAAAACUACACGACGGAUUCUACGCGUCCAUCAAAUUUAACUGCCAGCUGUAUCAUCACUGCAUCCACGGAAUUCGAUACGACUUUCUGUGUGCCAACUAUACAGCGUUCGAUCAGAAGACCUUUAUCUGCCAUUUUGCUUCCGAAGUAGACUGUAAAAACUCACCGAAAUAUUGGUUUAGAAAUGAACCAUUGUACAAAGCAACUACUACGACUACCCAGAAGCCUGCACCGACGACGCCAACAACACCUUCGCCAACCACUGCUCCCGCUAGGCAGAAACCAUUGCGUAAGCCAGUUCGCAGAAGGCGUCCUCAAGUAGACUACUACUACGAUGAUGAGGAAUACGAUGAGGAGUAUUAUGAGGAGCGUCCUCGCCGUAGAAAGAAUCGACCACGAAACCGGCGUCCGACAUACGACGAUGAAUACGAAGAUGACGAACGGUUUGAUCGACGCCCUGCGGAUAGGUAUCGAGAACGCGAUCGUGAUCCUCCCGCGGAGGAGGACGAUUACGAAGAUCGUAGACCAUACCGAUCGAAGAAUAGAAAUCGUAACAACGAUAGAAGAAAUGAAGAUGAUGAUCGUCGCUACGGAUACGAUGAUCGCCGAAGGGAUCGUGACCGGAGACCAAUUGAUGACGACAGACGUAGACCGGUCGAUGAUGAUCAUCGGCUACCUAUAGAAGAGGAGAAACGUUCAACGCAAAGUGAAAGAAGGAGAAGACCGAUUCCGGCCGAUGAUCGAAGAAUUCCUGAGCGCAGACCAACCAUAGAUGAGCACCGACCAUUGGGCGAAGAUCGUAGGUCUUUUUCCGAGGAUGAUAGAAGAAAAUUUCCUGAAGAAAGAACUGGUGGUAGACGUCCCUACAACGAAGAUCGACGGUUCGAGUAUGAAGAUGAAGACUACAGCCCACGCAGACCAGAGAAAAAACAGAAACCAUUAAAUGAUGUCGUAACUGUCAAACCAUCCGGAUCAACAAUUUAUGAUCGACCACGCGCAGCUCCGAGAAUUAAUCGGCCAGUUCCUUUGAACGAGAAGAAUAAGUAUUCGUACGUGAAUCCAGAGCCACCGAAGAAAAAACCCGAUAUAGUUGCAACACCUACCAGUGAACCUGAUCCCGAGUAUUACGAUGAAUACGAAGAUGAACCUAAGAAACCGGAGCCAGUUGUGGACAAGAGAAAAACUAUGGAACCCGGUAGCCGAGGCACGUACACCUAUAAGGAAGAUAAACGACAGAGUGCUUCCUCAGAUGUAGUCUACUACGACGAUGUGAUUGUACCGAAGGAAUCACUCACCCAGAAACCAAUUCCUGGAAACGUAAAAAAACCGGAUGGCAUUGAGCGAGUCAACACUCGUGAUAACUCCGAACUAACAAACAGAUAUAACGAGAAAAUUCGGACUCCUCAGCGUGUCUCUAAGCCGGAAAUCGUCGACGUACCUCCACAAAAUACGAAACCAGAAUAUAUAGACGACGAACCGGUUGAACGACCCAAAUCUAGACUCCAAUCCGUUUUCAACAACUUUAAGAACAAAAACCCACAAACACCCAUUGAAAAUAGGAAGCCUCCUCUCAUUCAAAACAACCGAGACUUGGAAUCAGCGAACAAAGCGCCAGAAGUCACAAGGCCCAUCCUGCGUGCCACAAAGCGACCGUUCCUACCCAGCCGAGGAGGUAAUCCCUACGCAGCUCGAGGACUUCAGCCUGUCGGAGUAGCAAAGCAAGCGGCAAAUCAACAGCAGCGUCCCGCACCAGCUAACAAUGACUUUGAACGGCCGGCACCGUUCCGCAUUGACGUAGAUAGUUCCCCACCGAGCACAAUUCAGCUGGACACACGAACCAGCACAACCACGCGUCCAAGUGAAGAGCGCGUCAAAACUCUUGACCAGCUGUACGACGAAGAGUUCGACGUCACACUCAAUGAUGCCUUGAACCCAACGCUAAAACCACUUACUCGAAGUGCCCCGCAUAACUUCUUUCGCAACCGAUAUCAGAGCGCCGAUCCCGCGUUUGUCCCUUUCGAACCAAGCUUCGCACCGUCCGAGUUCCGAAGAGCGGCGGUACGACCUCCAGCGUCGAUGAUAGCGCAUCACCAUCAACACCAUCCGACCGUGUACAUUAGCCAAGUCCGGGGACAUCCUCUGCAGCGGUACGAGUACGAAUAUUGAACGCGAGAACGGAAGCUGGAUUGGGAGCAAACGUAAAAGGAAACUACUCUUUUAAUUUAUUGAAUACCAUGAUCCUUUUUUUCAUAAAAAGCAAAAAUAUUAUUUAUUACUCAAACCUCCUGUGUGCGGUCAGAUGAGUCGUCGCCAAUCCUGAUUAGAGGAGCAUCAGUACGAAACAAAAGUGUUCCACCGAGGAAAAAAAUAUUUCCGGUGGUGAUAUAUAAGCGAGUAAAAUUCUUUAAAAACAAAUCUUAUCUGUACAUAUGAUUCUGCUGUAUUCUUAAAGAUAAAUACUCAAUAAAGGUGAUAUCGACAUAAUGCAAUUUAUUGCUGUAAAAUAAAAUGCUAAACCUUGAACGAAAAAUCUACUAAGACGAGACGAAAAAAAAGUAAACUGCAAUAAUGAUUUAGCUCGUAAAUAAGCAAUACUUGUGUAAACAUCAUGCAAAAGAACUACUAAGUGACAAAUAAGAGAUAAGAACAAUUAGGUAACACGAUUAGAACGAUUUGAGAAAGUGUACUGCGUAUGAGAUAAAAAUAAAGAAAAUAUAAUUUUCGUAA